AUGUCCUCAGUCAAACCCCAAAGAUGCAUUCAGCUGCAUGCUCUCCAAGCCGGCCACUUGACAUUACCAGAGAGAUUCUUCGUGCACCCGUUCUCCGACACAGCAAGAAGAACAGUUCCAUCACUUUCCUUCCUCCUCCAGCAUCUCGAUACAGACUCUGGGAAAACCACGCGCAUCGUCUUCGAUCUCGGCCUGCGACAUCCAACAUCCAACUACCCUGUCCCGAUACAGAGGCAUAUCCAGACGCGCCAGCCACUGACCACGGAACCAGAUGUAGUUAAGAGUCUAGAAGAAGGGGGAUUGUCACCAAGUGAUAUUGACUUUGUGAUCUACUCUCAUCUUCACUGGGACCACGUCGGUGAUCCCAAAGCAUUCCCCAAGAGUACCUUUGUGAUUGGACCUGGCGCCACGGCUCUUCUGGACGGCGACAAUCCAACAUUGCGAGGAGGCCACUCGUUCUUCGAGGCGGACCUUUUACCAAGAGACCGGACUAUCGAACUCUCUCCGGUGGAGGAUUCUGACAGUACCCAUUCGACGGCAGAAGGCGGUCUCAUAUCUUUCCAUCAGCCAUGGCUACCACACGGCUCGGUUCCUCGAACCAUGGACAUCUUCCAAGACGGCAGUCUGUUGAUCGUUGAUGCUCCGGGUCACCUUCCUGGGCACGUCAACCUGCUAGCACGCAUUGAACCACAUAAAUAUGUGUACCUAGCCGGAGACGCCUGUCACGAUAGACGACUCUUAACAGGCGAGAGGGAGAUAAGUGAAUGGCUUGAUGACCAUGGGCAUAUUUGCUGCAUCCAUGCAAAUAAGGAGGAUGCACGGAGAACAAUUGAGCGGAUUCGAGUGUUGGAGGCGGAAGGUGUCGAGAUUAUCUUUGCUCACGAUGUUGAGUGGGAGGAAAAUCCCCGAAAUUCCGAGCGGUUUUUCGGCUAG